AUGCUUGCUGUUGGUUCUGAUCCUCGGGGAACUGAUCAAAAACGUCUGAUUUCCCUGUGUGUUGGUUGCGGCAAUCAAAUUCACGAUCAGUAUAUUCUGAGGGUUUCUCCGGAUUUGGAAUGGCAUGCGGCAUGUUUGAAAUGUGCGGAGUGUAAUCAGUAUUUGGACGAGAGCUGUACGUGCUUUGUUAGAGAUGGGAAAACCUACUGUAAAAGAGAUUAUAUCAGGUUGUACGGGAUCAAAUGCGCCAAGUGCAGCAUCGGCUUCAGCAAGAACGACUUCGUGAUGCGCGCCCGCUCCAAGGUGUACCACAUCGAGUGUUUCCGCUGCGUGGCCUGCAGCCGCCAGCUCAUCCCCGGGGACGAGUUCGCGCUGCGGGAGGACGGGCUCUUCUGCCGCGCCGACCACGACGUGGUGGAGAGGGCCAGCCUGGGCGCCGGCGACCCGCUCAGCCCCCUGCACCCCGCGCGGCCGCUGCAAAUGGCAGCCGAGCCCAUCUCCGCCCGGCAGCCGGCCCUGCGGCCCCACGUCCACAAGCAGCCGGAGAAGACCACCCGCGUGCGGACUGUGCUGAACGAGAAGCAGCUCCACACCUUGCGGACCUGCUACGCCGCCAACCCUCGGCCCGACGCGCUCAUGAAGGAGCAACUGGUGGAGAUGACCGGCCUCAGCCCCCGCGUGAUCCGGGUCUGGUUUCAGAACAAGCGGUGCAAGGACAAGAAGCGGAGCAUCAUGAUGAAGCAGCUCCAGCAGCAGCAGCCCAAUGACAAAACAAAUAUCCAGGGGAUGACAGGAACUCCCAUGGUGGCCGCCAGUCCAGAGAGACACGACGGUGGCUUACAGGCAAACCCAGUGGAGGUGCAAAGUUACCAGCCGCCUUGGAAAGUACUGAGUGACUUCGCCUUGCAGAGUGACAUAGAUCAGCCGGCUUUUCAGCAACUGGUCAAUUUUUCAGAAGGAGGACCGGGCUCUAAUUCCACUGGCAGUGAAGUGGCGUCGAUGUCCUCUCAGCUCCCAGACACACCUAACAGCAUGGUAGCCAGUCCUAUUGAGGCAUGAGGAACAUUCAUUCAGAUGUAUUUUUUUUUCCCUGUUGGAGAAAGUGGGAAAUUAUAAUGUUGAACUCUGAAACAAAAGUAUUUAACGACCCAGUCAAUGAAAACUGAAUCGAGAAAUGAAUGCUCCAUGAAAUGCACGAAGUCUGUUUUAAUGACAAGGUGAUAUGGUAGCAACACUGUGAAGACAAUCAUGGGAUUUUACUAGAAUUAAAACAACAGACAAAACCCAAACCCAACAUAUGCUAUCCAAUGACCUUAGGAGUACUGAAA